UUACGCAACGUUUCUGAUCACUUCAUUAAAUGCAUUUCUGUUAUCUCAAUUUAUGCACAUCGUAUUAAACGUUGAUAAUCCUGACGGAUUCACUGACGCCUUAUACAUGAUGUUAACCGUAUUCGUCGCAGCCUAUAAACAACUUUAUAUGUGGAUAGAUCGCAAGCAUCUUAUGUCGCUAUUAAAUGUUUUUACGGAGAAACCUUUUGCACCGUAUGAAACACAAGAAGUGAUGAUUCAAGAAAAGUUUGAAAAACUAGUACAAAAUAACACAUUGCGGUACUUAAUCAUUGUCAUGAUGUCAAUUACAUCGAUAGUUUUGACAUCCGUCUUUAUGGAUUUCACGAACAGAAGGUUGACGUAUAAGGCAUGGGUGCCAUUUAACUACUCGUCUACUGGUUCAUAUUAUCUUGUGUAUACUCAUCAGAUGAUAGCUAUGUCAACCUCCGGUAUAGUAAAUGUCGCUUGUGAGAGCAUUAUUUUCGGACUUUUGCUGCACAUCUGCUGCCAAUUUGAAAUUCUAGAGUAUCGAUUGACCAAAAUCACGCAUGAUGAAGACAUCUUGCGCGACUGUAUUAAUCACCACAACCGUAUCUUUGAAUAUGCGUAUAUAGUGAAUAACACGUUCGCGAAAAUAAUCGCUCUCCAGUUUGCAGUGAGCAUGUUGGUAGUGUGCUCGAAUUUGUAUCGAAUAGCUAUGGCGACAGAUUACAUGAGCUUUAUUCCAUUGAUAAUGUAUACAAGUGCCAUACUAGUGCAGAUUUUUAUCUACUGUUGGUUUGGAAACGAAGUCAAAUUAAAAAGUCUUCAUGUGAUGAAUAGCAUUUAUGAGAUGGACUGGCCAGCACUUAGCAAUAGCAAUAAAAAAGCACUUUUAUUAAUCAUGAAGCGUACGACGACUCCCAUCGAAUUUAGUAGCGCGUAUAUAAUCACAAUGAACCUUGACUCGUUUGUAGCCUUACUUAAGAUAUCAUACUCAAUUUCCAAUGUGCUGCGUCAAACUCAAGUGUAA